AUGUUUCAAUCACAUAAGACAACUAAGAGUUUAACUUGGCAUGCUGAUAGAAAAUCAAUUGACGGUCAUAUGUCUCAUCCAACAGAUUACCCGUCUUGGAAACUUGUUGAUGAUAAAUGGCCCGAGUUUGGUAAAGAGCCAAUAAACUUGAGAUUGGCUCUCUCAUCUGAUGGAUUCAAUCCCCAUAAUUCUCUAAGUAGCAGAUACAGUUGUUGGCCAGUUAUCUUAGUUACAUAUAAUUUCCCACAAUGGCUAUGCAUGAAACAAAAGUUCAUGAUGUUGACUUUAUUGAUUUCCGGUCCUAAACAAUCCGGAAGUGAUAUAGAUGUCUACUUAGAGCUUUUGAUUGAUGAUUUAAAAUCUUUGUGUGAUGGGAUUAGACGAGUGUAUGAUGCACAUAUAGAAGAAUACUUUACACUUAGAGGAUAUAAAGCUUGUCCAAUAUGCGGCAAUGAUACACCUAGUCACAGGUUGAAAAAUGGUCAUAAAUUUUGUUACAUCGGACAUAGAAAAUGGUUACCAACAUAUCAACCAUAUCAGAGACAACGUGUAGCUUGUAAUGGGAAACCUGAAUAUGACACACCUCCUGAGCCAUUAAUUGGAUUGCAAAUGGUUAAGAAGAAGAAGUCAAAAUUCUUUGAUCUCGAGUAUUGGAAAUACCUUCAUGUGAGGCAUGCCCUCGAUGUUAUGCACAUUGAGAAGAAUGUUUGCAAUAGUAUCAUUGGUAUGUUGUUGGAGAUCCCUGGACAAAAUAAAGAUGAAAUUGAUGCUCGGUUAGGUUUAUUGAACAUGGGGGUCAAAACUGAUUUGAAACCCGAGUAUGGAGAAAGACGUACUCGCUUGUCUCCAGGGCCUUGGAAUUUGUCAAGAGCAAAGAAGAGAGCGAUUUGUAAUUUUUUCUAUGGUAUGAAGGUCCCUGAAGAUUCAAGACUUCUUGGCCUUAAAUCACAUGAUUGUCAUACCUUGAUGCAACAAUUCCUCCCUGUGGCAAUUCAUUUUGUUUUGGAGAAGCCUCCUAGAGAAGUUUGUCUAUGUGGGCCAGUUUAUUUUAUAUGGAUGUAUCCGUUUGAAGGAUAUAUGAAAGUGAUAAAGGGGUAUGUUCAUAACCGUACUUAUCCUAAAGGUUUCAUUGCUGAGCGGUAUAUAGCUGAAGAAGCUGUAAAGUUUUGCACCGAGCACUUAUCUUAUGUUAGUACAAUUGGAAUGCCAUCAAGCCAGAAGAUGGGAUUUUCAAAGCCAUUAUCAGGUGGCACAAUGAGCUUAGUUGAUUGGGACCUGUUGAACCAUGCACAUCUAUAUGUCUUGGAGAAUACGGAGAAAGUCCUAUCUUAUAUCAAGGAACAUAUGAUCCAUAUCAAUACCACUUAUCCAAAAUUUAAAAGAGAACAAAGUGGCUGCAAGAUAAGCAUAGUAGCACUUUCAUUCAAUGGCUACGCUUUAAGUGAACUCAAUGGGAAAGACAAUAAUGGUGUAUUAGAAAAUUUGAGGUGGCUAACAGCUAGUCCAAGCAUGGCAGUGCCAUCAUAUAAUAGCUAUCUUAUUAGUGGUGUUAAAUUUAAUGCCAAGUCACAAGAUGAUGUGUGA